AAAAUGUAGCUACUGUAGAGUAGCUGGUGUGGAAAGGUGUAAACCACCUUAAGGGGGCUGUUUAAGCUUCUUAUUUUGCCAAAUACAUAACUUGUUUAAUUAGUUAGUCAUAAAUCGGGAAGAGACAGACAUGUACCGACAUAUGGCGAGGAGUGUGUGCAGCGGAGGAAGAGUGUGUCCCGUCUUUGUGCCUCCUUUUACCCCGUCAUCAUCAUGGACGAUGAGAAACACGACAGAGGAGAGACACUACAGGCUGUCUGAUCCCCGUUGGCAGUGUCCUGUCCGCUUUAUGAGCUCUGCAGCCCGUAAGAGGAGAUCUCUGCGCAGUGCCUUCCCAGUGCUGGAGCAGCCCCUCCAGCCCAUCCAACGACACGUGUAUGAAGCAAACCUCCGAAACAGCAACGACUGCCACAAGAAGUAUGUGGAGUUGAGUGAAAAGGUUAGAAAAGGUGGAGGGGAUAAUGCAGUAGCCAGACACACUCUGAGAAACAAAAAGCUGCUGGUCAGGGAUCGCCUGAGGCUCCUGCUGGAUGACGAGGACUUCCUGGAGCUGUCACCGUUCGCUGGUCUAGGUCUGCCGUACGGAGACAUCCCUUCAGCCGGCUGCCUGACUGGCAUUGGCAGGAUCAACGGACUGUGGUGUGUGUUUAUUGCCAACGAUGCCACAGUGAAGGGCGGCACGGCGUAUCCAAUCACAGUGAAGAAGCAGCUACGUGCACAGGAAGUCGCAAUUCAGAAUCGCCUGCCCUGUGUUUACCUGGUGGACUCGGGUGGAGCUUUUCUUCCUCUGCAGUCAGAGAUCUUUCCUGAUAAGAACCAGGGAGGACGGACGUUUUAUAAUGAAGCCAUCAUGUCAGCCAUGAAGAUCCCGCAGGUAUCAGUGGUGUGUGGCUCGUGCACGGCGGGUGGAGCUUAUAUCCCAACUAUGGCAGAAGAGGCUGUGAUGGUGCACCGGAUAGGGACCAUAUUCCUGGGCGGGCCGCCCCUUGUGAAGGCCGCCACGGGAGAGGAAGUCACACCAGAAGACCUGGGAGGAGCCAGACUUCACGCAGAAGUGAGCGGCUGUGUGGACCAUUUCGCCUGGGAAGAGAAGGAGGCGUACGAUUACACCAGAAACAUCAUCUCUACGCUCAACUUCCAACUUCCUGAUGAAGAGGAGGAGGAUGAGGAGGCGACUAAGAGGAGGAAAAAGGAAGAGGAGCCUCUGUACAGCUCAGAGGAGCUCCUGGGGCUCGCUCCAAGAAGUUACAACUACAGUCUGGAUGCUAAAAUGGUAGUCAGUCGGCUGACAGACGGGAGUCGCUUCCAGGAGUUUAAAGCUCGCUACGGGACCACACUCAUCACCGGCUUUGGAAAGAUACACGGUCACCUGGUGGGAAUCAUAGCCAACAACGGAGAGCUGUCAAACGAGGCCGCGCUGAAAGGAAGCCACUUCGUGCAGUUGUGUGACCAGAGAGACGUCCCGCUCCUCUUCCUCCAGAACACAGCACCCGCAGCAGCUCUGACGCUCUCUAUAGCACAGGCAGAAACGAACACUAACCGUCUGAAGGCUCAGGGGUCGAUGAUGUCAGCAGUGGCAUGUGCCUCGGUCCCCAAAAUCACUGUUGUGAUUGGUGGUUGUCACGGUGCCGACAGCUACGCCAUGUGUGGACGAGCCUUUGAUCCUAAUUUCCUGUUCCUGUGGCCAAACGCCAGAGUGUCGAUGGCUGCUCCUGGUCAUUCCGACUCUCUGCUCUCCUCUAACAGUGAGAAGCAGCAGCAGGAGGAGGAGGAGGAGGAGCAGAAACAGAAACAGGAGGACAAGUUAAAUAGGAAAUUAAAAGAGGAGAGCUCAGCCUUCUUUUCCUCCGGCCGGCUCUGGGACGAUGGAGUCAUUCUGCCUCAGGACACCAGGAUGGUUCUCAGAGACUGUCUGGACAUCAUCCAACAGAAGCAGUAUCAGCUCUCCACAGAGAAACUACAGUCGGCUGUUCUGCGUAUAUAGAGAAUCAUUACCUCCUCUGGACAAAACAAACCUCUGUAUAUCUCUUAAAGGAGCAAUAUGUAAGAUAUCUACUGAAUGAAACCAUACAGUGACCUCACUAUAUGAUCAGACAUUAAGGAAACAUGCUAUGUUGAAGUGCUGGCUUCUCUGACAACAAUGCAGCAGCCAGUAUGUCCUCCUUCUAACUUUAGAUUCUGGUCCUGAAUGGUCUGGAUUUGUUUUGGACCAGAGAAGGUAUAAGGCGGUUUUAAGGCACCCCCCACACUGCCGUUUGGGACACCCCUUGGUUUGCCAGAUAUGAGACCAGUUAUCAGGUCAAACCAACAGGUGUUGCAGCGAUAGAAGCGGGCAAGAGAACUGAUUCAGAUAGAAGUGAUUGUACCCGACCUAAAAAGCCUCUGCAUGUUUCUAAUAAGCUCCACGAGCAGAAACGUGCUCAAACUAGGAUCAAUAUUGGAGAUGCUUUUGAAAAAUGGAGAGAAGUUAGAACGCAGAAAGGUUUACAGACCGAUGCAGAGUUGGCUAAACACUGAAGCUUCAGUGUCCAACACAUGGCAACCUGCGUGAUCAUCGACUCUAGAGAGGAGGGGGCGGGGGGGGACAGCUCUCUACAAUGUUUUGAAUUUAGACUGCAGUACCCAUUUUAAACACUAGGUGUCAGAGUUACAUAUUGCUCCUUUAGAUCAAACUGCUGGUUGCCUCAGCUCAUAAGUGACUCUCACCAACAUGUGCCAAGAGGAUUCACACAAAACUCCGUCCUGUACAGACUGGUUAUUGAAGGAAACGUUUGUAAGACGCUCUGAAUGAUUGUGCUCUUCUAAGGUUUUUUUAAUUUAAGAGUGUGAUAACAUGCAGAUAACUACCCUGGUUCUCGUCAGGUUCUGAGAGUAUCAGGUUUCUGUGUGAGAAUGUAAACACUGUAGACUCAGAAACUGGGAUUAAAACCAGGAUCCUGUUAAAUGUGAAUACUGUAUCCAGGCAUCUGCACAUUCUUGGUUGGUUUAAAUGAAAGCCUCUGAAGUGGGGGUGAUGAUACCAGAAUUUUAAACUAUCAUAUGAUACGAGUAAAAUCAAACUUUCUUGAUACCUCUUUUGAUACCACAGCAACAAAAAUUGGAGUCCUAGGCGUCAAAAAUUGGCUCAUUUUGUGUUUUUAAUUAUCAAAAAUUACAGAUUAACUCCUGCACGCUGUCUAAAUUGCACAAAUACCGUGGCAUGCAGACAGUGUCCCCUCCUCUGCACUCUGUUUGUAAGAGACGUAGUGUAACUUAAACACCAAAACGAUUUCAGUCACGUCUUGUUCAGCCCACCUGUGAAUUUGAACAGACCACAGCUGCGCUUUCUUUAUUUUAGCAGCUUUGGGUUAAAACCAAGUCUGAAGAUUAUAAUAUUUUAGAUUAAAUCUUUGGUACUUUUUGAAACUAUUGAUCAUUAAAGAAACUAAGAUUGUAUCAUUUAGAGCCUUUGGUAUCAAGAAAGAAACCUUAGUCUUCAACGUGAUGAGAAAUCAAAACAUGAAACAAACAAAUGAUUAAAACCCUGAAAGUGUUUGGAAAAUGGUAGAAUUUGUAUUUUCGUUUUGUUUGUAGAUUUCUUCUGAGGGUAAUUUAAAGUCCUUUAUAAAAUAAGUCUGUGGUCUGGUGAACAAUGCAGCUGGCCUCAUGGGUCUGUUUUAGCCUUGCCUUAAGUUCAAGAGAGAUUUGGCUUCUUUUUUUAACAGAUCAUCAUGUGAUCAGAGCCCCAACGUUUAGCACUGAUUGUCCCUGUAGCCACAUAUUGUGUCCUGUAAUUACACCUGUAAUUUAACCCCGUAAUGUAUUUUUACAUAUUUGUAUAAAAGACUAUUAAAAUAGUGUAAAUACAUUUUAAA